AUAGUAUUUGCAGAAUUGCAAAAUACUGUAGAUGGGGUCCCUAGCUAGUAAGGUGAGGAGGCUACAUUGUAAGAAGUCAUUGAUUCUCUCGAACACGCCUCUCAUCAUCUCUCUCUCUCAACUAUCUUCUUUCUCUUUAAAAGGGGCAUCCAAUAAGGCUGUGUUGUCUUCCAAGUGAAUUAACUUUUUUAUACAGCUCUCUGUGCCUUCGCCAGUUUGCAAAUUUGUGGCGAUCUAGCAGGGGUUGAGAGUGAGCAAAGAGGGAGUGACAAAGCGAAACUGAUGCCAAGAAUGAAAACCCACUAACGGAAUAGUUGAAAGUAGAGAGGACGACGUAGCUUUUCUCACUUUAUUUUUGCUUUAUAGCGAUGAUUGCUUGUUUUUCUUUAUAUGGGAUUUGGAAAACGGAUUUUAACCAUUUUGCCUGAAACAACCUGGUUUUGAGUAAACAGUACAGUAGUACCACUGCCUUUUCUGUAAAUGACUGGGGCUGUUCUUCAUUUCCGCUGCUGAUCAUGUGGCUUGCAUGCGACUCAUUAAGACGGGGAAUUGAUUCUUGUUCUAGUUGAGAUAAAAUAAAAAAAGGUAAGACAAAAGACAAGAGUUGGAGGGAAAACAUCGGUUUUUCUUUUACUUGUCUUUUUAGCGUGUACCAGUCAUGGAGGCUACAGAGAUUUAGGAGUUUCAAGUCCCAAUAGAGCGUGCGGUGUCAGUUUUUUUUCCUUCUUUUUUCUGGUUUCUGUGUGUGGACUGUGGAUGGUUAGAUAGCAAGCUUUUGCAUUAGUUUUUUGGACAAAAAAAGAGGACUGCACUUUUUAUUCUUCUUUGGAGCCUCAGAAGGUGGUUCUUGUGACCAUCAUCACUUGCAGCAAUUUUUGGUGAUCUCUUGGAUUGUAUUUGACUCUCUAAUAGUUUUUAGUGAAUUUGGGGUGCUGAGCAACAUCUAAUACGGGGAAGUUAUGCUAAGGAAUAGAUCCAGAGCAGUGACCAGCAAGCAAACUUUAAUGACUGAACACAGCACUCAAUCACCCUCCAAUCAGAAUUACACAAAGCUGACAACAUCUUUUCUCAGUUCUCCAAGGUUCAAAGCUUUCACCUUCAAGGCUCUCCCGGAAGCUGAACCUAUGAUGAGUCCAACUUCCAUUCUUGACACUACCAAACCACUCUUCCCUUUCAAAACCCCCUUUUCUUAUGACAUAAACCAACCUAAAUCCCCGAAAGUUUUCUCAGAGAACAGACACUCAUGGAACAAAACAGACUCAAAGGGCAUUGGUGUUGCACUUAUUGAUGAUACACCUAGCUGCAUCAAACCCGUCAAAGAGAAUGAUAACCAUUUUUCUAAACCCAGUAACAGAACGGUCUUGUUUGGCACCAAGCUCAGAGUCCAAAUCCCACUACUGCCAAACUCUAUACUAUCUCCAGUUCAGUCACCUAAAUCUCCAGGGGACUUUGGAAUUAAAACGUCCAUGAACUCGCAAUUAUCAGCAUCUGGUUCAGUCAAUUCUGGCAUCCAAGCAAAGGAUUCUCCCCAGGUGUUCACAGGUUGCAUGUCAAUGAGUGAAAUGGAGCUCUCUGAAGACUAUACAUGUGUCAUAACUCACGGACCUAAUCCAAAGACCACUCAUAUCUUUGAUAACUGCAUCGUGGAGAAUUAUUGCCCCUUAUCGGAUACGUCCAAAUCUGUGCCCAGGAGUUUCCUUAGCUUCUGUUACACUUGCAAGAAGAAUCUUGAACAGAAAAAUGACAUUUACAUCUACAGAGGUGAAAAAGCUUUUUGCAGUCAGGAAUGCCGUUACCAAGAAAUGUUGUUGGAUGAAGUAGAGACUUGAGAAGUUAGAAGACUCAGAAAAAAUAAUGUUCUUGACAUUUUGUCCUGCCCCAGCAGGCCAGCACCCUCAAAACUUUUUUUUCAAAAAAAAGAAAAAAAGACUUAGCAAACCAUGUCAGUUUUGCCAUUCUUGAUUACCCUCAAUUGAGAAUGAUUGAUUGUAGGGCCGAGGAGUGGAUGCCAUUUCUUUUCCUUUUCCUUUUUUUUCUUUUUUUCAUUUCCCUCUCAACCCUCUCAUCUGCACAUAGAGAUAAAGAGAAGGUGAGGUAAUAUUGUAGAGUGAAUUUUGUUGUUUAUCAAGGUGAUUACUAAUUAAUUUGAAGGCUUCGUUUUCUCUUUUGGCCCU